AUGGCCAAAAUUCUGGCGCAGAAACUGUUCGAUACCGGUUACAUUUUCCCACUGGAAUACGGGCCGAUCGUGGACAGCGAAGAGCAAAUUAUUCGAUUUCAGACGCCUUUCUAUUGGCCUUCUAUCAGUAACUCGGUAUCGGAUUUCGACUACGCCGUUUACCUAUCCAAGCUUGCGCUUAAGAAGGUGGCCAUGCAGGACUACGAAACUCAGGCCUUGUCUCAGCUAUCAAAUGCGCUCAAGUGGAGAUGGGAAUUUGUGCAGCAACAAGCCGCAGAGACCAUGCGUUCGUACAAAGAGAUGACGAGCAUGAAUAGGCAAAUCAUGGAUUCACAAGAAUCUGCCUACUUCUGGGUACACAGACCUCCGCCUUCCAAGGACGGUAUGGCCCAAACUAUGAUCGAAGACGAGGAGAUUCUGGAUGACCGUGCCCUCGAAGCGCCACAGUGGGCCGAGGGACUAUCGCAGCUACUUGCCAGCGAGCAGGGACGUAUCAUGUACGGUGACUUCCUGGCUUCGGAGUACUCGCGAGAGAAUCUGGACUUCUGGGUGGAGUGUGAGAAGUUCAAAAAUCUUGGAGAACGCGAUCAAGAGCUCAUGUGCAAGGAAGCGCGGGUUAUAUACAAUCAGUUCUUGGUGGCCAAUGCGCCGCGCGAGGUCAAUGUUCCCCAGGGAAUGCGACAAGUCAUGUGGCGUAAGAUUGAAAACUUGCAGUUAACCUGCACCGAUUUGGAGACUUCCAAGAACAACAUCUACGAGCUCAUGAACAAGGACAGUUACUCGCGAUUUCUACGAUCGCCCGAGUUCAUAGCUCUAGUACAAGCGGCCGAGGCGACACGUUUGAUUAUGGCUUAACUCAGAGAAGCGUCAAGUCAAAAGUUCGGAGGCUGAAGUUAGAGAAAGUACGAAAGUUCGAUGUCGAAGUUUUACUAGUUAGAGGAGUACGGGCGUGCGGACUGACGCAGUGGAUCUCUGUGGAAGGUGUUGCACACACUCGCCAAGCCACUCGUUUUGAUUCAUCAGGCUCGCAGAUGUAUAUGUAUGGUGCUAUUAACAUAGGUUAGCCAGGAGUUGUAGAUGUAAUUUAUAACAGGUCAGUUGCCAGAAAAAAAACCCCUCAUGAGCCAAACAUUGUGCUGUGCAUGUGUAUGGUGUAACGAUGUAACAUCCUUGUCCCGGUUACUGGGUGGCCAAAAAAAAAAGGCCCAAAUAAAG